AUGUGCCUAAAAACACUGCCUGGGGUGUUUGUCUCGUUUGUCCUCUGUGUCAGCACAGUCGCCGCUGACGGUGGACCAAAGUUCACACAAAUAUUCCCUGCCUUCAAUGAUAGGAAUCCUCCUCCCUACACCGUGGUUAACGUUGGUGCGGAGGCUCGGCUGCCCUCGGACUUUCUCGAAGAAAUGAUGCUUGUGGGAGAGAGGAAGGCCCAGAGUCGCUUCAUUGCGGACGUCGACCAGAAGGCCAAAGAAGCCUCUCGUGUCUUUCGAUCCCUGAAGAUGGACAGGCAACGGAUCUCGAAUACCAUUGAUGCUAUCAGGUCUCAAAUGCUGGACUAG